AUGUCUUUCGAAUCUCUCUCCGAACGCCUUACGGUGCUGCAGGAAUCAAAUAGACAAGCCAGGGAGUUAAUUCGCCAUUUAGAAACUAUUGAGUUUCAACCAGGUUCUAUAACAUUAGAUGGCGAUGAUGAUAAUGUAUUAUUAGAGCUCUCUGCGGAGAUUGCCCAGGUCCUGAAGGAUCAGUCAGAGGACUUUGCGCGAUUGCAGGAAGAAAUUCUAUCAAUGCCUGUGGGACGGCCGAAUAGUGAGUUACAAAAACAGAGAGAGGCGCUUGAUGAAGCAGUGGAGAUGGACAUCGAAGAUAUUAAAUCAGCAUUUUGCAAAGCCGAAAUGAAAGCCAAAAAGACGCUCGAGGCUGCGAAAGUUUUGGAGCGACAACAUAUGCUCCAGGCAAGCUUAAAUCCCUCUUCCGGUAGGUCAACUCCGAAUUCGAUGGAAAGACCUGCCGCUCGGCCAAAGUCGGAACUAUCAAAGGAAGAUAAGACGGUUAAUGCUGCGAGUGACGUUACUCUGGCGCUUCGACGAACUCACGAAAUGAUGGCGGGCGAGUUGGAAAAAUCACAAUUCGCAAACGAUACAUUAAGGCAAUCAACGGAGGCUUUAGCUCAGCUGAAUGAAACAUAUUCUACAUUGGAUUCUCUAUUAUCGAGUUCGCGGAAUUUACUUGGGACUUUAUUGAGAAGCCAAAAGAGUGAUACGUGGUAUCUGGAAACGGCAUUUUACGUUCUCGUUUGUACAAUUGCAUGGCUCAUUUUCAGGAGGUUACUUUACGGACCAUUUUGGUGGCUAGUCUAUGCGCCACUGAAGUUGACGUUCUACACCUUGUUUGGCAUAUUUGGAAUAAUGGGUUCAAAGAGUGGUUCAGCUGUUGAAAGCAGGAUCUCGAUAUUGAGUGCGCCGGCUACUUACGCGACUGUGUCAGCCAGGAGUGAAGGCGUUGCUUUAGAUAAUGAAGACCUUCCUGUCAUUGACGUUGGAGACGGCAACAGGCAGUCGAUAGAACCCGAGGCAUCAACUAUGGUUGAGGAAGUCGAACAUAUUAUCGAUGAAAGUCAGCACUAUCAUGCACCUGAUAAGGAGGAAAUCAUCAUAGAACCAGCAUUGGACGAGUCUGCUGAAUACGCACAGCCGGUACUGGAAGAAGAUGUAGCUCGAAGUGAGCAAUCAGAUCCAGGGAAUCCAAAGAAGAGGAUGUGGGAAGAACCAAUAGAAGCGGCUAAGGAAGCAGAGCGAAUGAGAGACGAACUUUAA